CUUCUCUCUCCUCCACCUUCUGUUCUGUUCCAUUACAUUACCAUUCUCUCUCUAUCUGCCUCUCUCAAUACACACAAUUUGUCGCCACCUUAAUUCUUGCCAUGUCUUCUUCAAAUAUCAACCAUUUUUCUCAGCCAUGCAUAUAUGAGAGAAAGCCAAAGGUUAUGAAAUGGCUGACUAAGAUUUUCAAGGGUGGGUCAUGUAAUAGGGGAUCGCAACGUGGACGUCAACCCCAGUUUCUAGAAGAUGAAAAUAUGGUUUCGCGCGCUCCAGUCAGAUCAUUGGAUGAUCGCUCUAGGGCUAGUACAGAAAAAGAGGAACUAGACCAAAAUGCAACUGCAUUAUCUUUGGCCGAAGAUUUGAAAAGACCAGGAUACAAAUGUAGGACUGACAAUGAUGAAGAUCUAGGAAGUUCACUUAACCAUGACCUUACUUCAUCGUCAUAUCCGCCUCCUUAUGCUCCUUUAUAUGCACCUUGGGAAUAUAAUCCCAGAAGUUAUAGAAUAUGUAGUGGCUGCCAUGGGGAUAUUGGCUCUGGCAAUUAUUUGGGAUGCAUGGGAACUUUCUUUCAUCCGGAUUGCUUUCUUUGUCGUGCUUGUGGUUAUCCAAUUACUGAAUAUGAGUUUUCUUUGUCAGGGAACAAUUAUUAUCACAAAUCAUGCUUCAGGGAAAUGACUCACCCCAAAUGUGAAGUUUGCCACCAAUUUAUCCCAACAAAUGCAACAGGCUUGAUUGAGUAUAGGUGCCACCCGUUUUGGUCUCAGAAAUAUUGUCCUUCACAUGAGAGUGAUGUCACAAAACGAUGCUGUAGUUGUGAACGUCUGGAGCCGUGGAAUGCAAGAUAUAUAUCGCUUGGGGACAGUAGGAGCUUAUGUUUAGAGUGCAUGGAAUCUGCUAUCAUGGAUACCGGGGACUGCCAACCGCUUUACCAUUCAAUCAGAGACUAUUAUGAAGGCAUGAACAUGAAAAUAGACCAGCAAGUUCCUAUGCUUCUCGUUGAAAGACAAGCACUUAAUGAAGCCAUUGAAGGGGAAAAGCAUGGUUUUCAUCAUAUGCCUGAAACGAGAGGUCUAUGCCUAUCAGAAGAGCAGACAGUCACCAGUAUACUCAAAAGGCCAAGAAUGGGUGGUCGUGAAGUAGUAGGAAUCAGAACACAUCCUCAGAAGCUAACUAGAAAAUGUGAAGUUACAGCUAUUCUAGUGUUGUUUGGCCUCCCAAGACUACUUACUGGUGCCAUUCUUGCUCAUGAACUGAUGCAUGCGUGGUUACGUCUAAAAGGAUUCCGUAAUCUCAGCCUUGAGGUAGAAGAAGGAAUUUGCCAAAUGCUUUCCUACAUGUGGUUGGAAUCAGAGGUAAUGCCUGUAUCCAGAGAAAUGCCAUCGACGUCAACUGCUUCAUCCUCGUCAUUGUCAUUAUCCAAGAAAGGUGUUAAGUCUGGAGUAGAGAAUAAGCUGGGUGAGUUUUUCAUGCACCAGAUUGCCCAUGAUACUUCUCCAGCAUAUGGUGGAGGAUUUAGAGCUGCUAAUGAAGCCGUGAAUAAGUAUGGUUUAAGACGUACAUUGGAUCACAUUUACCUCACAGGAAGUUUUCCUUUAUGAUACCAUCAUUGUAACAUCUCUGGCCGUGGCUGUUGAAGGUCUCUUCUGCUGUAUGGCAAUUCAGAAGUCAUUGAAUUGACUGCUCAUUGAUCUUGCAAAGCUGGAUUUGCUCCCCUCAUUUUUUAUGGGAUUCAUCUGUGGAUGCUCAGUCCCAAAGAGAAGUAUAUGCCACAAUGAAAAAUAGAAGAACCACUUCUUAAUUGUCCUUAAAAAGCUUUUACGCUCUGCAUGAUGUCAAUAAGAUGUAAUUCAUUUGUUUUACUUUUUGAGUGAAAAUACUAGAAAUAUUGACCACAUUGAAAUACAGGAUUAAGAAGCAACCGAUUAGCUUCAGAUGUAUUCCCCUAACGUCAGUAAACAUUAUGUGAGUCGUACAGAGAAAGCUGAUUGCUUGUC